CUUCUCUGCCCUUAUUCCAUUCUACCCCAAUCACCACCUCAGUCACCAUCACCAUGCUGCUGUGCGUGCCCAACGAGAUUUUAGCUCACAUAUUUUCCAUCAUUGAGUGCGAGGAUGUGGAAGGCGGAUGGGAUACCAAAUCCUCAUACUCGGCACUCUUGUCUCUGAGCCGCGUUUGCAAACGAUUCCGGGUGAUUGCGGAGUUCUAUCUCUACCGAAACAUCUUUCUCCUUGAAGACGACGCUGAUGAGAAAUGGCUGCAGUUUGCAAGAGGCCUGCAACGGGAUCCUAAGCGAGGUCUCACCACCAGGAAGUUCUGCUCCCAGAGAUAUGAUCCCAUAGCGCCUCCAAACUUCCUCCGCUUCCUGACCAAGUAUUUCCUGAGAUUUUCCUUGUCACCUGAUCGUGAUAGAAUCCCCCCAGGUCUCAGGUCUGUCAUACAGCACGAGUUGGAAUCCAGAAUAUACAAACGGCAAUACAGAAGUUUGCGAGUGCUUCUCUUGCUUCUCAUGCCAGAUCUGAGACACCUCGAGCUGACCAUUACCGACCUAAAAUCCACGCCGUUUCUUUUGAAUGGUACAUUCGAAAGUGACGAAGACUACGGUUGUUAUGGUUUUGAGACCAACGAAGAAAGUCCGAGCUAUAAAGGUAUCCCCAACAUCUUCUUUUUCCGGCAUCUCGAGUCGGUAACUCUCAGAUCCUAUGACGACAACCUGGGCUCGCCAAUACGGGGGAGAACAUUCAGUGGCAUUCUAAACCAUCCAUGUGUCAAGGCCCUGAGACUUGACGGCUUUGCAGUGUGGCACUGUACCUGUAUGAGAUUGAAUUGGGGCAAGGCGCCCAGCAACCUGACAAGGCUUGACCUUGACAACUGCAUAUUACAGCCCAUGUCCCUCAAACGCAUUUUGGAGAAGUGCAGAAGCCUUACCCAUCUCAAUAUGGCCCUCACAGGCUCUGGAGACGUGAAAGAUCCCACACACAAUUCUGAGGACUUUGGCAUCGUUCUCAGAGAGCAUGGGCGGAAUUUGGUCGAGCUUUCAAUCACGAAACCAAUGUGGGAUCCUCACAUCGCCGAUCCGUUUAACUUCAUCGGACCUCUCAAGGAACUGACAGUUCUGAAACAUCUAUCCAUUGGCAGGCUCAACUUUGUUGGGCCCAUAGAUGAUGAUACAAAGAAGGACAUAACGAUACACGACGCCCUUCCUCAGUCCUUGGAGACUCUCACCAUUGAAGCAGAGGUGGCGGGUUGUUCGUGUGACUUGUACAGAGUCAGACAGACGGAGGAGCUAGUUUGCAACACGCUCACGUAUGAACAACUCCCGCCGGGCUUAAAACAAAUCCACAUGAAGAUGCCACCGGGGCCGGAGGCGCGAGGUUAUGAAGUGAAUGAAGCUGCUGAACUUGGGGGCUGGCGAAUCGGGAAAAAGGGUCUAUGGGUGCGGAGAAGAGGAGAGGAGGAGUACGGAGUGAUUCAAUUCAUCACCAGUGCGACUCGGGCUGGAUAAGGUAGUUCUAGUACAAAAACCCUCGUAUAUCUCAUUUCAAUUACACAAUCAAUAUGAAACCUUCAAUGAUCCGA